CGACCGUCCAUCCCGUUUUAGUUGUCAUAAACGCAGAAUGAAUAUUGGUUGUCAAUUAAUUCGAUUUCAAACGUCCAAAACGUACCCAAGUGCCUUUCUAUAGAGUAGAUAAACAUACACACCAUUUAAAAAAGAUAAAAUCUGAAGCCAAGAAGAUGUACCGUCUGUGUCCAACUUCAAUGUGUUCUUUCGCUGAUUAAGAAAUUAUUCUUAUGUGCUGUUGAUAUUUUAAUUAUAUCCAUCCUCCAGUUGUGAUCUUUUUGCAUCAUCAGAAGUGUGCUAUUUUUGUGCUGGUUGUUGUGAUUCAUUCGUCCCUAAGAAAACUUGCUCUCUAUUUUAUAACAUUUAAACUUGAGCACCUUUUUUUUUGUGUGCAACUCUUCGUCCAUAUCACGUUUUUGCUUCUUAAUAUUUAUUUUUCAAUCCAAUCCUCUUUUUUUAAAAAAAAAGCCUACUGGUCGAAUUGCCGGUUAAUCGAAGGUUUUUAUCUCCUACGAUGUUUCAAUAAGAUUACGCAAUCCCUCUUCUUCUUGUAGUGUUGUUUUUUCCUCUCUACUAUACUCUAACAACUAGAACCAUGUCUGACAGCUUAAAAGUUUAUAGAAUAAAAAAGAUCGAAAAUAUCGGCAAGAUGACGCAGAUGACUCAAGAAGAAAUAAUUACCAAUACAAAAACUGUAAUCCAAGGUUUAGAAGCUUUAAAAAAUGAACAUAAUUCAAUUCUCAAUGGCCUUAUGACAUCCUUAAGUGCUGUUAAAUUAGAAAAACCUAAUGACAGCAAUGUGAUUGAAGAGAAAACAACCAUCAUAAAGAAAACCUUAGAUUCUAUUGAACUGGGCCUUGGUGAAGCUCAGGUUAUGAUGGCCCUUGCUAACCACCUCCAAACAGUGGAAGCUGAAAAACAAAAAUUGAAAGCGCAGGUUCGUCGCCUCUGCCAAGAAAAUGCCUGGCUGAGAGAUGAGUUAGCUAACACACAGCAGAAACUACAGGCUUCAGAGCAGCAAGUGGUUCAGCUAGAAGAAGAUAAAAAACAACUGGAAUUUAUGAAUUCACUUAAGAAAUAUGACAGCGAAACGGGUAAUGAAGAGAGCGUCUCCGAAAAGAAACCGGACAGUGAAGAACCUCUAAACUUAGGAUUUCCNAGAAAAAAGUUUACUUAUUCUUACAGUUGUUCUCUCUCCCCUACACCAUCUACUCAAAUGUCAGUGUCAGCUAAUGCAGGUUAUGAGAUCCCUGCUCGUUUGCGUACCCUACAUAAUCUCGUUAUACAAUAUGCAUCGCAGGGACGCUAUGAAGUAGCUGUACCUCUUUGUAAGCAGGCCCUUGAAGAUCUGGAAAAAACUAGCGGUCACGACCAUCCGGAUGUGGCAACGAUGCUUAAUAUUCUGGCCUUAGUCUACAGGGACCAAAAUAAGUAUAAAGAAGCUGCAAACUUGUUGAAUGAUGCUCUUGGAAUUAGAGAAAAAACAUUGGGAGAAAAUCAUCCUGCUGUUGCAGCAACUUUAAAUAACUUAGCAGUGCUCUACGGUAAAAGAGGGAAAUAUCGUGAAGCUGAACCAUUGUGCAAAAGGGCAUUGGAGAUAAGGGAAAGAGUUCUUGGCAAAGAUCAUCCUGAUGUAGCGAAACAGCUGAACAAUCUUGCUCUUUUAUGUCAAAACCAGGGAAAAUAUGAAGAGGUUGAGAGAUACUACCAACGUGCUCUCGAGAUAUACGAAAAGACUUUAGGUCCUGAUGAUCCUAAUGUGGCUAAGACUAAAAAUAACUUGGCAUCUGCAUAUCUUAAGCAAGGUAAAUAUAAAGAGGCUGAGAUUUUAUACAAGCAAGUUUUAACUAGGGCUCAUGAAAGAGAAUUUGGGAGUAUCGAUGGUGAAAAUAAGCCAAUAUGGCAAGUAGCUGAAGAAAGGGAAGAAAACAAGAGCAAACAAAAAGAAAAUUCCCCUUAUGGGGAAUAUGGUGGCUGGCAUAAAGCUGCUAAAGUUGACAGUCCAACUGUUGCAACAACCCUGAAAAAUUUGGGCGCUUUGUAUAGACGUCAGGGAAAAUAUGAAGCUGCAGACACCCUGGAAGACUGUGCAUUAAGAGCAAGGAAAGAGGCUCUAGACUCGGGUAGACAAGGGAAGUCAUCUCAUUUCCUAAGUGCUGAUUUGACUGUCAUUAAUAAAGAUAAGCGUCGAUCUAAAGACUUCAGUCGAAGGGGUUCGAGGGAAUCGCUGGACAGUAUGGCCUACGACCAGUGUGGUGACCCUGAGGACACUAAUGGAAAACUCAAACGAAGCAGCAGCUUUAGCAAAUUGAGGGCCUCGAUUCGUCUCAGUAGUGCCAAGCUCCUACAUAAAUUGAAAGGUGAUCCUUCGGCUUUUGGAAACGUGGACAGUUUUGCUGCCAGAAUGAAACGAGCCAGCUCAAUGUCAACGCUUAAUUCAGAAGAACAGGUGAAAAGUAAUUUGAUGAGCAUGCGAUCGAAAACAGCUAGCACAGACCAAUUACGAAGCCGAGACACACCCCGUUAAAGCUGCAUCCUAUUCCCCCAUAUUACAGCAUAUAGUUUAUUUUUAGAAUACUUAGAGACCAUUCUUUUGAUCUCUUUCUGCACACACUAGUGGUUUUUGCUAGUUAUAUAUUUAAAUAUAAAAAGAAUUUUACCAGAGAUGUGCACCUGCUGAUUGUAAAUAUUUACCAAAAAUUUAGCUGUGAGGUUAAUCGACGAGACUCUUUAAAUGUUCAUUAUUUGUUGACGACUUGUAUUGUAUAUAGUGAGCUUGUUUUUGAAUUUAAAUAUUAAAAAAAAUGGCUUGUGGACACUUUGCUUUGAAUAGGGUGUCACUUAUAUGAAGAUAUCUGAUUUUUUUGCAAUCUAAAAGAAAAUGUGAUAUUAUUUUAUAUUACUGUAUAACUACUUUUGUGCAUUUGGUGAAGUAACUAUGGCCCCUUUCUGCGUGGUGAUUCCUUUGAAUGCUUUUGUUAUGUGAAGUAACUUUGGCUGACUUCUCUCAGUACAGUUCAAGGGAUGAGUGAAUGAGGGUACAUUUGAAUAAAUUACCUAUAAAGUUUGACAAUUGGAAAUGAUGAUGAGGAUUUUUUUUUUUUUAACUUGUCCUUUCUGUUUGUGGAAUCUACACUAAUUUAAAUUCUUAGCAUUCGUAUUCUUGGUAUUUUAUUUGCUAUUAAGCGCUUUCCUUACAAAUUGUUUUGAAAAAAAAUCAACGAUUUUUUUUUUUAAUUUCAUUAAUAAAUACAAGGAACUAAAACGAAACCUAAUACGCAAGUUUUAAGUUGAAAUUUUAAUUUUUCUUGUGUGUAAAAAAAUAUUUAAUUUACCAUCAGUUUGAGUAUUUCUUUCCAAACACCAGUGAAGGGAUACGACAUUAUUUUACCCUUUUUUUUUUCCAAUGUAAAUUCAGCAACCAUCUUAUAUAAAAUAGCACAAAACACGUGUGCAAUCCAACACCAAAACUUGGCAAACUUCCAAUCACAGCAGAUGAUUAUUAUUUUUUUUUGUUUGUUUGUUUGUUUCUGACUGAGUAAAAACGUGAUAAAACGAAACGUACUUACAAAUUCUGCUACGCCCGAGUUAUCUCGGGAUAAUAAAUAUUUGCAAUCUAUACAAACUCGAGUAAACUCAGAGAAGCGGUUAAAAAAGAAGUACGUUUCAACUGCUUGUUGUCCAGUGCUCUUAAAACCUUUUUCACUUCAAAAAUACUGAACGAUAGUCGCUUCUAUAGUGUAUCUGUGAAAUUUAAAGAUUUGAUAAAAUAUUCAGUGUUGUGAAAUUAAAUAUAUCUGAAAAGUUAAAAUGUCAUUCAUUCACUUAGCUCUUUAAAUUAAGUGUCUGAUGAGUUUGGCGUUAUUUAAGCAAAAUCUUUGUCAAUUGUUGCUUCUUAUGAAAAAAUGCAUUCAAUGGUUAAAUGACAAGCACCUAUUUUUGUUGAUUCCAUUGUUAUUUUUAUUGCCAACGUGAUUCUAAAUGGUUUGGGCAAUAUGUUUUAUAUGCAUAUAAAUGAAUAACAAACACGUUGUUUUACAGCAUUGAAAAUCAUUUCUCUUUCAAUUUUUUUUUUUAAAUUUUAUUCUAGUUUUGUACUUAGUUAUGAUUUGUUUUUAAUUUAUUUUUAAUAUCAAGCAAAUAUUCCACAUUUCCUAUUUUUUGGAAAUUUUUUUAUUAUUGCUAUUAUUAAAAGAAUUACUUCUUAAACUUUUAAUUUGUAGUCAUACUGCCAACUGGUACAAUUUGUAUUCUUUUAUUAUUUUUUUUUUUAAAUAUUUAUUAGUUUCACUUAAUAUUGUUUUUCUCCCCUUUGCAUAUCUCUGUGAUAUUGCAUCGAAUAUAUAUUUCAAUGGUUUGACUUUAUUUUGAAGCAAAUUUAUCAGAUUUAUUAUACAGUAUUCUUCCGACAUCUCGAAGUUGAAGGGGCGCUAAAAAAUUUUCCAGGUAGCGAGUUUUCGAGAUAACAAGCUCAGAACUAAAUAUGUUCUAAAAAGUGUAGAAAAAUAUAUUAGAAGAAACUCUUUGAUAUCGGAAUUCGAAUUAACAUGAGGUGGAUAUAUUAUUCAAAGGAAGAAAAUAUGUAUUGACGUAGCAAGAUUUUCGAGAUAUCGAGAGAAUACUGUAAAUACUUUUUGAUUUCAAUGUUACACCCGCGACGACUUUUAUUCAUUUGAGAUAAUAAUUAUCUCAAUCUUUUCUUUUUAUUAGUUAUUUGUUUUUUCAUGCAAUUGAAACAGUUUUUUAACAUUUUUUUAUGGGAAUGAUGUUCGCUAAAAAAACAUCCCUAAUAAUAAUAUAUUAGGAUAUUCUCAUUGUGAUAAUAAUUUUUGUAAUAGUUCACUGUGGUGUGAAUAUAAUUUUUUAACUGUAGUAUUAUAAUAAUCUAGCUGCAAACUUAACAUUUGGCUUAAUUAGUAUGCAGUGUCAUGCAGAGGAAAAACCAAAGGAGGCAACAAUUAAAGGAUGCUUUUUACAACAAAGUACACUUAACUUUUAAAUCUUUAAUAUUAGUAUUAUUUCAAUUUUAAUUAUAUUAGCAAAUAAAUGCUUUGUUUCAUUUACUUGUUUUACAAAAAAAUAGUUGAAACAGGUUUAAUAAUGACGUCUUAAAUCUUCAAGAUUUUUUGUGGGAAAUAAUACAAUUUUAUGACUAAAUAUGGUUCCAAUGUUUUUUUCCUUUUAAAUAAGUUGUUUUUAUCUCCCCCAGAUAUUGCAUAAUUGCACUCUUUUCUUUUCAGGGGCAUCUAAUCUAAGAGUUUGCAUUCAAAAUAGAGAUAUCAAAUAGCCUAUGAAGUUUUAUAUUAAAAAUUAGUAACUUUUAAAAUGGAUUAAUUAGUAUUUUUUUUUCUUCUAUUAUUAUUACGAAUAAAAAACCUAAGCAUUUUUAGCUACUCUUAACCUGUAUUCGCUGUUGACCUUUUUUAGUUUUAUCUUUUUUUAGAAAUUUAUUCAAAUUAAUAUCCAGAUUCAUAAUUAAUUCAAUUUUGUGUGAAUACUUUUAAUUUCAGGUUUAUGUUUGUAUUUUUUUUACCAUUUCAUUCCUUAUAAAAGUUAUAAAAAAAUUUUAUUAAUAAUCAAUUGUGUUUUUUAUUAAUUGUUUCAUUAUAAAUAAAUAAGUUUUGUAAUUGCAUUUAAAAAUCUAUUUUUGUUGCCUAGCAAUUGGCAAUUCAAUACUUAUAUUUCAGUAAUUUAAGGAAUAUUUAUUUUUUUAAAUGUCUGUUUAUUAUCACAUUAUAAUUUGUUUUUCCCUCAAAAAAUAUGUAUGUUUUAAUAUGUAUGUUAUAAUUUUUAAUAUUUGAAUUCAGUAUGUUAAUGACUUUGGAGGAUUGAUUUUUUUUCCUUAGUAAACUUAACUAUUUGAGUUAUCUAAACUACAUGUAAAGUGUAUGCUUGCACAAUUCUGAAACAGCUAAAAUUGAAAUAUGUGUUUCUCUAAUAAAAAGUAUGUUUGUGUGA